AUGCUGUUGAACCGAGGUGACCAAUUCCCAGCUGGUGUUGAGUUUCAACACGUCCCUCUCGACUUGGACAACGUCGACGUCAUGAACCCGUUGACCUGUGAUCGCCCGAUCCCGUUGAAGAUGGACAACUUGAUUAGUGAGUUGGGCGACAAAAACUUUGUUAUCGUCGCUGCCCCAGGGUCGUUCACCCCUGCGUGUACUGAAAACCACAUCCCUGGUUUCUUAAGCAAUCUCGAGAAGUUGAAGCAAGACAAAAACAUCGGUGCCGUGAUCAUCAUCACCUUCAACGACCCGUUUGUGGUGAGUGCCUGGGGUAAGUUGUUGGUGCAGGCCGCUGGCUUGAAGAAGGGUAAAGACUACCCCAAAAUAUACUUUGCCAGUGACAUGGACGGCAAGUUCUCUGGUGCUCACAACAUGAAGAAAGACAACGGUCGUCUCGAGAGAUACGCCUUAGUGGUGAACGCUAAGACCCGUAAGGUGGGCUACUUGGGGUUGGAAACGAAGAUGGGGGUGUCGGUGUCGGGCGCCGAUGAGGUGUUGAAGGCUAAGUUGUAA